AUGGCUGAUACAAAGGAAACUGGAGCCCAGCCUCCUGCGCACAUCGAAAAUGAGAAGAACAUGAGCAUCGGUCGGUAUCUGGCCACUCGUGUGACCACUUUGGUCCCCCCAAUGAACAGGGCGCCGAAUCCUUUUAAAGCCCUGAUGUUACUGAACAAACAGCAAUGGCUCUUUUUCCUCGUUGCCUUUUGUGGCUGGACUUGGGAUGCCUUCGACUUCUUCUCGGUCUCAAUUGCAUUAACUAGUCUGGCUACGUAUUUCGAUCGUCCCAAUUCCGAAAUCACCUGGGGCAUUACGCUCGUGCUAAUGCUGCGAUCUGUCGGUGCCAUCAUCUUCGGGAUCCUCUCUGACCGCUACGGCCGCAAAUGGCCCUUUGUUGCCAACAAUGUACUUUUCAUAGUGUUGGAGUUGGGCACUGGCUUUUGCCAAACAUACAAACAAUUUCUGGCAUGUCGCGCCCUUUUUGGAAUUGCCAUGGGAGGUUUGUAUGGUAACGUUGCCGCCACCGCACUGGAGGACUGUCCUCCAGAGGCGCGAGGAAUCGUCUCUGGAAUCCUACAACAGGGGUACGCUUUUGGUUACUUAUUGGCUACCGCGUUUGCUCGCGCUCUCGUUGAUACUACUCCGCAUGCCUGGCGCCCACUCUUCUGGUUCGGCGCUUGUCCACCUGUGUUGUUCAUCAUUUUCCGUCUGUGCUUGCCUGAAACCCAGGCUUACCAAGGGCGUGAACGAGUGCGAAAUUCGCUCGCCGGUGGUGUGGCUGGAAAUUUCCUGUCCGAGGGUAAAGUCGCUAUCAAGAAUCACUGGCUUCUGCUGAUCUAUCUCGUUCUGUUGAUGACUGGUUUCAACUUUAUGUCGCACGGUUCCCAAGAUCUUUACCCUACCCUUCUCGAAUCCCAAUUCGGCUUCUCUACCAAUGCCGUAACAGUUACACAAGUGGUUUCUAACCUUGGGGCUAUGGCUGGAGGCACGAUUUGUGGAUGGGCUAGUCAGAUAUUCGGACGGCGAUUCUCAAUCAUUGCGAUGUCCAUCGUCGGCGGGGCGCUUCUGUAUCCGUAUACUUUUGUCACUUCGACUUCAGUCAUGGCAGCAGCAUUUUUUGAGCAAUUCUGCGUACAAGGUGCCUGGGGUGUUAUCCCCAUUCAUCUGAUGGAACUGGCUCCCGGACCAAUUCGCACAUUUACUGUUGGCAGCGCAUAUCAACUGGGUAAUCUGGUGUCAUCAGCGUCGUCAACAAUAGAGUCAACCAUUGGCGAACGUUUCCCGCUACCCCCAACUGCCGAUGGCACAAAGCGGUAUAAUUAUGGCAAAGUUAUUUGUAUACUAAUGGGCUGUGUAUACGGGUAUACCAUUCUCGUCACGUUCUUAGGUCCCGAGCGUUUAGGCCGUCAAUUUGACGCUGAGCACGACACGGAUUUGAAUGAAGCUGCUGCAUCUCGCUUCGCGAGUGACAAGAUGGAUCCAGAGAAGGGUACCGUUCAACAUGCGGAGUAA